GUACGACUCCUUUGCAAGUUUUACGAUGGCAGCGCCUUUAAAACUCUCCAGAUUCUACGAAUGGGGUAGAAAGAUUGUUGGAGUAGGUAGGAAUUACAGAGCUCACUGUGCAGAGCUGGGUAAUCCUGUCCCAAAAGAACCUGUCCUGUUUCUCAAGCCGACAACUUGUUACCUUCCCGAGGGGAAAGGGCCAACCAGGGGCCCUCCCGGCUGUACAGAGCUCCACCAUGAGGUAGAGCUUGGCGUGGUGAUAUCAGGAGGAGGCAGGAACAUUCCCGAGGACCGCGCCAUGGACCACGUGGGGGGGUACGUCCUCGCUCUGGACAUGACGGCCAGGGACUACCAGGCUAUCGCUAAGGAGAAGGGCAUUCCAUGGACAUGGGCUAAGUGCUUUGACACAGCAUGUCCAAUCAGUGAGUUUGUGCCCAAAGAAAAGGUGAGCGACCCGCAGGACCUGAACAUGUGGCUGAAGGUGAACGGAGAGGUGAGACAGAAGACCAACACAGACGACAUGAUCUUCACUGUGCCGUACAUCAUCAGCUACAUCAGCAAGAUGAUGACUCUGGAACGAGGUGACCUGAUCCUGACAGGCACGCCCAUGGGAGUGUCAGGUGUCCAGCCUAACGAUGAGCUGGAGGCAGAGAUAGAGGGUGUGGUGGCCAUGAAGUUUACUGUGGGGGACACACUGUGAUCCAGGGGAAAUAUUA